UCUCCUCCAUCAGUCCUUCCUCACCCAUCCGUCCUCCCCUUUAUCUCGCCCUCUCUCCGCCAGUCUCUUCCAAAACCCUAAAGCAAGCGCCUUUCCCCGACUCCGCCUCCCACCAAACUCCCGCCGCCGACCCGCCGCGCAGCCCCUGGCCUCGCGGCGAUCUGUUCCCAGGCGGCCGCGCGGUCGCUCGCCGUGGAUCGGGCGGGCCGGGAUCCUUGUCCUUUCUCUCUCGUCGCAGGCUUUCAGUGUGGUCAUCUGUCAUUUGAUUCUCCAUCCUGCAAGCGGAUGCUCUCCGGUGCUUGAGGAGGUGACGUUCCGUUCUGUUGGGAAGUAACAGGAUUGAUCUGCAGGAAGUUGUGCUCUUUCAACUGGUAGCUAGUACAAAUGGAAGCGGGUGCAGCAAAGGGCGAUGGAGGUGCAGGAGCUUGUGCUGCUUCAGAACUACCUGAUCCUCAGGAUGCAGUAGCCGCUCAAACUGAUGGCACGCCAGCAGUGCAGCCAUGCGAGCAUUUCUCGCUAAGAGGGUAUGUUGCUCUUGUUAAGAAGACGGAUCCAAAAUUCUGCUCUCUAUCUCAGAUUUUUAAAGGCCAGCAACGAUUUGCUGAACACCAUAUCAAUUCGCGCCCAUUUUCAGUACCAAACUUUCCACGAUGGGAUUGCUCAAAGUGCCUGGACAAGGAAAAAAUGGCAGAUCAAGGAGCAACAUCUAGAACUGUUCCUAUGGGGAAGAAUGUUACAAGUGAUGGUUGCUCUAUUAAAUUUGUUCGAAGUGCUUUAGUGCCUACUAGUGUUGAUUUCAGAAGCUUAUUUCCUUGCGAAAAUACUUGCACACAACAAUUAUCUCAAGGGAAGAACGCUGAUAGAUCAACUCUUUUGAAGAGUACUACACCAGAAGGCAAUUCCAAAUGUAACUCACCUUGUGGAGUUGCUGAGGCGAAUACCAGUUCACCCAAGAAAGAUUUACAGCGGCCAUGCAAUAACCCUGACGCAACUGCAAAUAUCUCAGAUAAUGCUUCUGUGGAUGUCAUGGCAAUACCUGAAGAUUCUCACAUUAGAGCAAGCAGAGAUGGAAACAGUAUGGCAAUACCAUCCAGUCCAAAAUUUCCUGAACCAACUUUAAAGCCGAAUGCAGAAGAAACUAUUAAAACCAAUGAGGUUCCAAAUGUUGUCUGCACUACUCCCAAUUUUCCUAAACCAGUAUCUGGGCAGAAAGGUGAUCAGGUCUGCAAUAGUGGUCAUUGUGAACAAGCAGCUCCAGCCAGAAAUGUUCGAUCUAUGAAGAAAGGCAAAUCAACUGCCAGGGUUGAUGGUCCAGUCAUAAAAAUAGGCAAGAAAAAGCGAAGAAAGCGUAAACUAUCUGAAAUCAUAAAAGAAGACCAGGCAGGGGGUUCUGGACAUGGGAUAGGAGUUGAUGCUGAUCUCUGCGAGGAGGAUCGAAGUGCACAUGACGAUCCUUCUGGGAACUGGGUGAAAAACGUCCCCAAGAAAACGAGGACGGAAAAGAAAGACACUACUACCACCAGUGCUCAGCAAGGUGAUGGUAGUAUUGAAAUCAGUAAUCUGGAGAGGAAUAUGCAGAGCACAGAUGACAUGAGCCCAACGGAAGCUGAGCAUUCCACACAGAGGUCCAUAUCAAAGGUAAAAACCAUGAGUAAGAGGAAAAUGACUUCAACUGCCAAUGUCCAGCAUGAUAGUGUUGUUCUGGUCAGCCACCAGUCGGUGGCAGGAGUCUCGUCAAAAAUUGCUAAUAAGUCAAAACACAACGGAGUUGAUGUUGUCGUUGAGGAACCUUUACUUAGGGACUGGACGAAAAAUAUCCCUAAGAAGUUAAGAACUGGGAGAAAGGAUUCUUCAAGACACAAGGGUUUUGAUGCUUCUUCCGGUAGCAAGAAAAAUGUGCUACCUGCUACCAGUACUCAGCAAGGUGAUGAAAAUGUUCACACCAAUAAUCUGGAGAGAAAUUUGCAGAACACAGAUGGCAUUUGCCAAAUUGAAUCUGAGAACUGUACACAGAGGUCCUUGUCCAAGGCAAACAGCAUGAGUUUGAGUAACAGGAAGAUUCCUUCAGCUGUUAAUGCCCAACAAGGGAAUGCAAACGCUGAAAAUGGAGCUAUACUCUGGAGAGAUGAUCAAUGCCAAAUGGAAUCUGGAAGCUCUGUGCAGCAGCGCCUGUCAAAGGUUUCGCUGGGUAAGCGUGGUAUCCAACAUGUGACUACCUUGGACAAGAAAAUGCCUAAGAAGAAAAAGAAACAAAAGCAAGAAGCGAUGCAUGGAAAACAGGCUGUAAUGGAUGAUGACAUUGUUGAACUGGUUGCGAGAAAUCAGGAUGAGAGAUCACUGAUAAAUGAGACUGAUUCUUCUCAAUCCAAGAUAAGUGAAGAUGAAGACUGUAUCAUAAUAUCUGUCAAGGAUGGUCCAAACAAUGUGUCUGUGCUUGACACUACUUCCCAGCAGAAGCUUUCGGCACCAGAAAUUUACCAGAAUGCAUUACAGGAUCAUGCAGCAGCCACCACACAGGCUACCAGUAUGCAUCCUCUUGAAUUACAGAUUGCUGGUAAUAUAAACUCUGCCCAGGAACCACGGACUCAUUUGUCCACGGAAGUAGUCACUAUCGCCAGAACCUCGCCAUUAUUAUCGCAAUAUAGGGAUCAGUCUAGUACUGAAGCACUAGCUAACUGCUGGAGCCACGAAGAAUCAAACAAGUCGAUGUGGGACUCUUUCAAGAAAGCUCCAAGGGACUCAUCAACCCCAACAUGUGGUGCUCAAUUCAGAACUAGCAUUGAUGCAGUUGGCUUAACUUCUGCUUCUGUGGUGGGAGCUUCUAAUAAUUAUUAUCCGUUUCAGGAGCCAGUAAUUUCAGCACCUGGUCACUCUGCAGAUAGAGCAGUCAACCAGUUCCAGGCAAGAACUCUCCAAAGUACAGUGUCAGCCAUGGAAGCUGGUAGCUUGUAUGAUCGAACAAAUGAUGGGCCAUCAGGUUUUGGUCCAAGAGAAACAACACCUGCUGCUCAUCUGCUGAGACUGACAGAGUCAUCAAUGUUAGCAGAGUCUUACAGGAGCCAGAUGGAAUUUCAACUUCGGAAUUUCCACAAUGCACAUAAUCAGCACAUUGGAUCAGCAAGGGCAUCAUAUGGAAGUAACAUAAAUGGAAAGGUUCCGUUGACAUUGGAAGAUUUAUCACUGCAUCAGCUCAAGCAAAAUAUGACCAGACCGUUGCGCCCACAUGCUAUAGUUGGUGUGUACAAUCCCUCACUGCAGCAGGAAAUUGCAAACUGGCCAGAGAGCAGUGGGACACAGCCGGGUUACAGAAUAGGGGUGUCCAAUGGGAUAACAUCAUUUGAUAUGAACAGAAGGGAAAAUGUUGAGAUCUUGAACUCCGGAAUGUUUUCAGCAAGAAGGAAUGGUCUGCAGUUGGGUUCUGUUAGUUCCAGUCCAGGAUUUUCUUCAGCGAGGAGCAGUACAGCUCAACCUUGGACGGGAGGCCAAGGGAGAGUUACCAAUCCCUUGGAUAGCCUGGUAAGACAGGAAUUCUGCUCGACCAACAGAAACCCAGCUGAUUUCACUGUAAUUAGCGAUGAUAAUGAGUAUAUGAGGGAGGACCUAUGAAGCAUAUAUUCUGAUACAUUUACAAUCAUACAUUUCAUAUUUAUAUGGUGUCAAACAGUCAAUACUACAACAGGAAGGCUUUGCUUGAUCCUUUUGGAAGGUAAGGUGGUUAUUUUCUUGUAAAAAUAUCACCUUGUUGGAAAUGAGCCAUUACUUAAGACAGUACUCUACUGAUGUUGCAUGCUCCCUUUCUGGAUGGAGAGAUUACAGUUACCAUGGGCUCUGAAAUUGCAGGCUCCAGCUUAUAUAUGUAAUGUAGUUGGCCAAGAUGAAGUUAAUCUUCCUAAGGUUGUGCGGAAAGCGAUGAUCAUAUCGUACUUGUUUUGUGCAAAAGAAAAUGUGUAAGCUUUUGGUCUUGGUGGCUGGUCCGUCUUGUAAUUACCAUAAGGUAUUUACAAAUGUCGCGACUGGUGGAAAACAUGGUUGGUUAGUGGUAAUGUUGGCAGUUUAGUUCUAGCUCCCAGAUGAUGUAAACUUCCAAAUUGUCGUUAUUUUACUCUCAAAGGAUUAUGGUCAGUGGUAAUAUCGGUAGAUUUAAGUUAGCUACCAGAUGUUGUAAACUACCGAAUGUUGUUUUAUAAGGAUGGUCAAAUACCUGGUUAUACUUUUAUGCA